GACGACGCGCGACGUACACGCUCAUACGUCCAACACAACUCGACCGAGAAUCAUCACAUAUCAUAUGAUUUGCAUAUUGUAUGUAUCUAUCGUUAUACACACUAUUAUACGCAACCACGAUGAUGUACGCAUAAUAUAUUUUAAAAAAACACGCACGCACGCGCACGAGCCAGCGGCGGCGAAUUUAACUUUUUACGACGACGCAUCAAGAGUAAAUUAUUAUUAUUAUUUUUUUUUUUUUCUGAAUGCGCCGACCCAGCCCCGCACAGUUUAAAUUAUCAUAAUCUCUUAACAAUCCUUAAUUGGACGGGACCGUUCAGGACGUCGAAACCACCGCGCACAAUACACAUAGACAUACAGUCCCAUGGUCCCGUCGCGUCAUGAUCUCGCGUUCGAURUUUCAAUACCUAUAAAAUAAUAUCAUAACAUCGUUAAACACGCAUAUUAUUUACGAUACCCAACGACCCAAGACGGUCGCGUCUCUUGCAGGUUUUAUAUUAAAUGAUACAAUAAUAUACGGUUUCGCUCGAAUAACCGAUAAUUUCAAUUAACUUGAAUGUGAUUUAAUCUGAUAUAAAAAAAAAAAUCUUACCCCUUAUUCCGGUCAAAAAUGUACCGUCUGUUUUUGGCACUGUGUUUAUGUUACGGUUUGCUGGGCUACGCGUCCUCGGAGGAAACAACCACUUCGGUGUACGAACACUGCGGCAAUUUGCAGCUUCAGGAAAACAUUCAAAUUAAAUUGAUAACUGGUACGUGGUAUGUAAUUGAAAUUCUACAACACAAAACAGACGACAAACAGUUUCAUGGAGAGAAAUUUGAAGUACCCACUUGCCCUUCUGUUUUCCUAACGCUGGCGGGUUCUGAUACAGAUCUGAAACUUUACUGGAGCGAAGAUACAGGUGACAUUGAAUAUCUGUUCAAAAUUAAAGACAAAUCGUCUCCAGGAUUCUGGCUGUCGUCUGGAUCACAAAACGGCACCCUAGUGCAGGUGACGAACUACGACCAGUUCGCGGGCAUGGUGUACGUCCGGAAGGCGAUCAGCAAUCACAUGGUGUUGACGUUCUGCUCGCCGAACACGCAGCUGUACAGCGUGGUGUUGUCCAGGGACAAGACGUUGGACGCCAAGGAACUGAAGAGUAUCGUGAACCACAUGCACUUGCAAAAGUUGCCAAUCACGCAGACGAAACGCACGUGUCGCAGCUCGGCGUCCACGGCCCGGGCCACCGCUUGGAUGACCACCGCGUUCGGCUUGACGUACCUGGUGUGGUACCUGCGCGUCCACAAAUAGGUCACGCGACUAAAUAAUACACGUGAGGCAGCAAACGGACGCAUAAAAACA